CCUGCAAAUCCAUAGCACACAUGAGUAAUUGCUAAAGGCAAAUACAGAUAAUGUGAUGACAAUUAAGCCUCCACUAGUUGAGAACACUCACAUUCUGGCAAUAUGUUCUGCAGCUAACCCAACAGGGGAGAAACAAUGGGCAUCGUUUUUAACAAUAGUGACGAAAAGGACACUUCUCCACUUAUAGGCGCACGGUACAAAAGAAUUGUCACAAAGGAUGGCCGCAGUAACCUCAAGAUAGAAGCCCUUCCUGGAAAAAGCAUUGAACACCUAAAAGAUAUCUGGUCGAUCUUGGUGGAAAUGAGAUGGCGUUGGAUGUUACUGACUUUCUCGGGAGCUUUCGUGGCUCACUGGCUCUUCUUUGCGUGCUUUUGGUAUUUAUUGGCAUACACACAUGGCGAUUUAGAUGUGUUGGAUCAUAGCAACCCACCAGAAAACCAUACCAUCUGUGUGAAAUAUAUUGACAGCUUCACAGCAGCCUUCUCGUUCUCACUGGAAACUCAGCUUACAAUUGGUUAUGGAACCAUGUACCCUGAUGGUGAUUGUCCAGCUGCCAUUGCUCUCCUUGCAGUCCAAAUGCUGUUGGGACUUAUGGUGGAAGCAUUAAUUACAGGCGCCUUUGUGGCAAAGAUUGCCAAACCAAAGCUGAGAGCAACUGCAAUUAAAUUUAGUUACUUUGCUACUGUAGCACAACAUGAAGGGGAACCAUGCCUGAUGUUUAGAAUAGCCAACUUAUGGCAAAGUCCAUUAACAAAUGUUAAAGUGGCUGCCAUUUUAUACCAAGAGUAUAAAACUCUAAAUCUUUUGCAGAAGAACAUCAAUUUCCGCAUUGACCAUUUGAACUCUAAUAAAUGCCCUUACCUCAUCUUUCCAUUGAUGUUCUAUCACUCCAUCAAUCAAUAUAGUCCUCUCUAUCCAUUGGUUCAAGGAAAGAUGCCACCAUACUACGAGAUAGUAAUUUUUUUGUCAGCAGAACAGGAAGGUACUGGAGAGACUUGCCAGAAGAGAACCUCUUAUAUUCCUGAAGAAAUUAAACUCAACCAACAGUUUGCUCCUGUGAUAAGCUGCACUUCGAAAGGGUACUACAAAAUUAAUAUGAACAACUUCGACAAGACAAUCCCAGGAUUUCCUGUACUAUUUAAUACAAGGGAGGCAAAGCAGAAUGAUUUUGUUGUCAACUUCAACAGUGAUCAUGUUGAUACUAUGCUAUUCCAUGACAGCGCCGUUUGAAUAACUAUUAACUUUGAUAUAAACAACGCCAACUGGAAUAUUGAAUAUAUUUCUGCAAUUGUUUGAGGAAAAUAUACUGUUUAUCAUGUAAAAACUGAACAAGGUUUGAAGAUUACAUUAUCAAAACAAGUGACAAAUUACAAUCCCAAAUGAAAAUCAAUUCUGAAGGACAAAAUAUAAAAGCAUAACAUGGCACCAAAUAACCAGAUUUGAAAUGCAAAAGAUCAACUUCUAUACACAAUUUAUUUAACCCAGCAUCACCAGAGAUUCCACUGGUCUGAUCAGCAGUGCUUUAUUGUGCUCAUGAUAUGUGUUGGCAAGAGACUCAAGAAAUGAACAUGAUAUUUAACAAAUCCAGUUAAACACACAAAGGAAAAUCAUUUUCAUG